AUGUGUUCCUCAGAAGCUGGGUACAUGGAGACCAGGGUGGUAGCUGUGGGCCAGAGGCGGCCUCUACAGCCGGAGGACCUGAGUCCCCUGAGCGAGGAGGAUUCUGUCCAGCAUGUCUGCUCCACCUUCCAGCAGCACUGGAGCCGGCUGGAGGAGGCCCAUCACCAGGAAGACCAGUUUUGUCCUCACCCAUGUUGCCCUCUCUCUCUCUGGCAGGUGUCAGCGAGGCCCGAGGCUGAGGAGGAGCUGCUGUUCCCAGGGCCGAGCUCCGUGCGUCCGGGCUUCUCCCUCCUCCACGCCCUCUGGAUGACCUUCUCCCACCGCCUGCUGCAGGUGGGGCUGCUCAGGAUGCUCACGGACCUGCUGGAGCUCAUGGCUCCCCUGGCCCUGCGGUGGAUAAUCCUCUUCAUUGAGAACCAGGCGGUGUAUGAUUGGCAGGGUCGCACAUACGUCCUGGUCUUGGUCGCCGUGGUGAUAGGCCACUCCCUGGUGGAACAGCUGCAUGAGAAACACAGCAGCAUGACCAGAGCCAAGGCCCAGGUCACCCUCACAGCCAUGCUAUACAAGAAGCUGUUGCUUGUUUCCAGACACCUUCAUUGCCGCCCGGUCCUGACCCCCGCUCACCCCCCUGCUCCAUCCCCAUGCCCCUCCCUCAUCUGCCCUCCUCACCUGUGGGCCACGGCGGCGGACGUGGACGUAGAGAAGGUGUCUGGCCUGGUGGUGACCCUGCCCCUGCUGCUGGCCCUGCCCGCCCGCGUGGCCCUCUGCCUGGGCUUGCUGUGGCGGGAGCUGGGCCUCCUCUCCACACUGGCGGGGGUCACCGUGCUGCUGCUCCUCAUUCCUGUCAACUCAGCCGUGCGGCACAGAGCCACGCAGCUCAAGCGGAGUCAAAUGAAAGCUAGAGGGGAGAGAGAAAGUCUACUGAUGGAGAUGCUGACAAAGAUCAAGAUGCUAAAGCAGCUAGGCUGGGAGGGCUGGUUCCAGCAUCGCGUGACCACCGCUCGGGAUCAGGAGCUGGACAGUCUCAGUGUGCUGGGCUACCUCACCACCUUUUCAACACUGGGCAGCCUGUUUGUGCCCUUCUUGGUGUGUGUGUCCAGUUUCGGUGCGUUUGUCCUGCUAGAUGAUGUGAACGUGCUCACCCCGUCUCAGGUGUUCACCUCCAUCUGUCUCUUCAGGCUGCUGCGGCCCUCUCUCCUACACCUGCCCAACCUCUCUCCUACCUUGACUCAGGCUAAGUGUUCCCUGUGUCGACUGGAGAAUAUCUUUCGCUCAGAGAAUGGAGAUUUGGACUGCUGCCAUCCAGCAUCGCCAGCAGGUGAGGACGUACAUGUAGACCAUGAUCUGACCUCCUGCAGUCUGACUGAAGCCUUGCAGAGGACCAACCUGGGAGACCCGGAGCAACUCAGGGAUGUGAAAGCCGAAACAGAUCAUCCAUCCAGCAGUGGCGAUUCUGGAGCAGGCUUGCGGCGGUACCUGCAGUCAUUUGGCUGUGCCUGGGUUCUGCUGAGCCUGGUGGCCCAGCUGGGCCUGGUUCUGGUGUCUGUGGGCCAGGACGGGCUGCUGGGGGUCUGGACCAGCGAAGCCAAGGAGGUGCAGGGCCUGGAGGGAUGGACCGAGCUCAGGGACUCGCGGGUCGCUCUCUAUGUGCUGCUGGGAAUGCUACAAGCCAUGGUGGUGUGUGCGGCAGCCCAUUUCCUGGCGCAGGGCUCCCUGAGGGCGUCAGCUGAGCUCCACACUGAACUGCUGAACAGCACGCUGCACCUCCCACUCACACACUUCCAGACACACACACACACCACGCUGCUGCUGCACGCAUUCACACGGGAUGUGUGUGUGAUGGAUGAGCAGGUGGCUGGGUGUCUGCAUGCGUGGGUCCACUCCCAGCUGUGUGUGUAUGCUGCUGUCUUCCUGCUGUCCGUGGUCACGCCGGUCUACAUCCUGGCAGCCGGUCCACCCCUCAUACUGCUCUUCAGACUGCAGUCUCAGUACACGCCUGUCUCGAGGCGCAUGGAGCACUUGGAGAAGGCUUCUCGCCUGUCUGUCAAAGCUCUGUUUCGAGAGAUGCCACCUGGUGACCGUGGUGAUGGUGGUGGCCAUGGCAACCGUGAUGCUGAGGCCCUUCACCCUGCAUCCCUCUAUGAGGACCGCUCCCUCAGCCACUGCCACCAGGUCCUCCACCACUACCUGCUGUGCCACUUCAACCGAACCAUCAUGGACAGGUGGGUGACACUUCGGUUAGAUGCCAUCCUGUCCCUCCUGGUGUUCCUGGUCACUCUCAUCCUGUUGGAUAACACUGAUGCCCUGGACUCGGGAACUGUGGGCCUAGCACUCCUCUAUGCCCUUAGUAUGCGUGGAGUCUUUCACCAGUGGAGAGCGGCCUCCUCUGAUGUGCAUGACUGCGUGAGGGCUGUGAGAAACAUAGCUGAAUACUCCGCUCUGGAGAAGGAGGGCCCAUGGACGCUUCCUCACAGAGUUCCUCCAGGGUGGCCUCAGUGGGGGGAGAUCGAACUCAGGAGUCCAGAGAGCACGCCUUCAUCCUCUGACGACCACAACCCAGCCCUCAGAGGAGUCUCCUUCCACAUCCAGAGGGGGGAGAAGGUCAGUGUACUGAGCGGAGAUGCAGCCGAUGCGGAGGCCCUGGUGUGCUGCCUGCUGCGGACACUAGAGGGUGCCAGUGGGACGCUGCUGAUCGACGGGGUGGAUGUAGCCGGUCUGGGCCUGCAUGAUCUCCGGCGACGCAUUAAUCUCAUACCACAGGUGCCUGUGCUGUUCUCUGGCUCCCUGCGUGCCAACCUGGACCCUGCCAGGAGGCUCCCUGACGCCCAGGUGUGGCUGGCACUGGAGCUGUGCCACCUGAAGCCAGCCGUCCAGGAGCUGCCCGGCAAACUGCUGCACCAGGUGACGGACCGCGGCCACAUCAGCCUCAGUGAGGGCCAGAGGAGGCUGCUGUGUGUGGCCCGAGCCUUGCUGUGGCCCUCCAGGGUCCUGGUGGUGGAGGAACCGCUGGCCCCCGUGGAACCGGAGACGGAACACCUGCUGCAGCAUCUCAUACACACAGAGUUCUCAUCCUGCACGGUUCUCACCCUCACACAGAACCCCCACACCAUCAUGGACUCAGACAGAGUGCUGGUGCUAGACAAGGGCCGCCUGCUGGACUUUGACACCCCCACUAACGUCCUGCAGAGGAAUGCAGCACUCCUGGCAGCCAGACACAGACAGAGGAGACUGUAGAGACACACACACACACACACACACACACACACACACACACACACACACACACACACACACACACACACACACACACACACACACACACACACACACACACACACACACACACACUGUUUGCUUGGAGAAAUGAAGUGAUGCACCAGGAGCGAUGCACUCAUAGACAGAGAGGAUUCUAUGCACUGCUGAAACUGAAAACAAGCCACAGUGACCUGUAUACCGUACCUGGACACUGCUGGCCAGCCGGACUGCAGCUCUUCUCUAUUAUUCUUCUCCAUUAUUGUCAGCCAAUGGCAAGCCAUCUUUACAAAAACACAGCAAACCGUUUAAGCAAUGCAAGAGGACCGCCAGAAGAUCUCAGAUGUGGACGUUUUUUAUUUUAUAUUUAGGAUGUACUUAUUGUUUUACAUGAUUAGGAUCUUAUUAGGAGGAUCUAUGUACUGCUUUUUCUAGUUAUCGUUUGUGUUGAAACGGAACUGGCGCUUUUGAAAUCCCUGUUUUGUCACUCAAGCACAGCAGAGAAGGACACAGUUGGCCUUCUUUUUGUUGUUUUUAACGGCAUGAUUAUAUGACUCUAAUACUCUAUAAAUGUUCUAUUUAAACUUGUUUUUUUAGCUAAACAUUUGUAGCUGAACUUUGAUGCGUUUUGAGCUACUUUUUUGAUACAGUGGGUUUGUAUCAUGUCCACUAAUAUGCUGAUAAUAAUACUCUAGAAAUGUUCUCUUUGAGCUGCCUUUUUGAUACGUUGGGUUUGUAUAAUGUGCACUAAUAUGCUGAUAAUUGGGUAACUCUGUUGGCACACACCCAUUUGGGAGACAAGACAAAACAUAUACCUUUAAGCCUGUUGUACACACCUUGACAUUUAAAUCUGGCAACUGGUUAAACCCAGAAACCGUAGCACAAUAGCACAACCUGAAAAGAACAACAUAGAACAUCGACAUGAACUGAAAUACACUAUGUAGAACAGAGGUGGGCAAACUCGGGCCCAGGGGCUCCAUGCAGCCCUCUGAGUACUUUUAUGUGGCCCGUAGAGCCUUUACAGGAAAGACAACUUUCAAAUACAAAUCGAUACUGUCAUCCAUCAUUCUUACAAUGCUAACACAAGACAGGGGUCUUGCAGGUUUGAGAUUACUGUAACUAAGUCCAUACAGUUGGCGUACAGUGGUCCACACACUGGGCAUGAGCUCCAAAAAAAUAUAACUUUCUUUCAUCAAGAUGUGCACUCUGUAAUAUUCUUCGUAGUCUACUUCCAGAAUUCAUGCUGCCCAUUUACAAAUGGGAAAAUUCCACUCUUCAUACAUGAAUAGGUGGAUCGUCUCCAUGUCCGCAAUUUUGAAUAUCCAGAACUAGACUUUUUUUUUUGAAAGAUAUUUUUUGGUCUUUUAGACUUUAUUCUUGACAGGAUAGUUUGAGAGAUAGACAAGAAAUGUUUGGGAGAGAGAGACAGGGAAGGGUCGGCAAAGGACCCGAGCUGGAAUCAAACCUGGGUCGGCCGCGUAGCAUACAAGUGCCCUACCAAUAAGCCAUGGUAGGGCCCAGAAUUAUUAAAUUUUUAGCUGCAAAACGUACUGUACUUUGGUCAUUCUAGUAAAUAUUAGUUUAUUCAUGUUAAAUAUUAUUCAUGAAAAGACCAACUUUGGAAUUAGACAGCACAGUUUCAAUGAGCUGCAUAGUUGCAAAACCUACUCUGGCCAUUUGCAAUGUUAUGAAAUCAAGUUAUAUUUUUUGGAGCUCAAGCUCAGUGUGUGGACCACUCUCUCACACUAUAGACUAGAGCUAAGCACAUCCAGCUUCUUGGCAGCUUUCUCAUGUACUGUACACGACACCGCAGCACAAGCACUGAGGGGCUAUAAUUGAAAUGCCUUGUUUUUAAAACUGUUUGUUUCUGAUGGGAAAUGGAGGAACUUCCUUUCAUGUAACUAGGUAACUUCUUGUUAAGAUGGGUAGAUGAUUUUUUUAAAGCAGUGCUGAUUGUUAUGUAUAGCUUUUUGUGUAUGCACAAAUACCAAAAGCUGUUCCAAUACAUUUACACAAGAACGUCUUUACAAUAUGGAAUGAAAAUAUUCAAUUACUGCAUAAUGUGUUACGUUUGACUGAAUUAAAAUGUAUGAAGUUAUAGUUCAGUCACUGAA